CCCCGCCUUUCCCCGAAAUGCUCCGGAAGUGCCUCUACCCUCAGUAGAGUUGGAAGUAACCUUUGACGUAGGGAGGCGGGGCUGCGCGUGCGCAACAAGUUCGGCGGGGGAAGAUGGCGGAUGACAAGGAUUCUCUGCCGAAGCUUAAAGACCUGACAUUUCUCAAAAACCAGCUGGAGCGCCUACAGCAGCGUGUGGAGAAUGAAGUCAACAGUGGUGUGAGCCAGGAUGGCUCGCUCUUGUCCUCCCCGUUCCUCAAGGGAUUCCUGGCAGGCUAUGUGGUGGCCAAACUGAGGGCAUCAGCAGUAUUGGGCUUCGCAGUGGGCACUUGCACUGGCAUCUAUGUAGCUCAGUCGUAUGCUGUACCCAACGUGGAGAAGACCCUGAAGAACUACUUUAGGUCACUACGAAAGGGGCCCGACUAGACCCUUUGGGGAAGGCAGGAUGGGUGUGUUGGACCUGCAGUAAAGAACUGGGAGCUCCGAACCCUGCCUCGUCCUGCAUGCACAUGGCUACUUAAGUUUGCUCUUCUUGCCUGCUGUGGUCACUCCUGAAGACCCCUGCCCUGAAGCUUGGUGCUGGCUGCUUCAGCCCAGCAUGGUGUCCACAUAAAGGAUUCUUAGUUUGCCCGCUCCACAGUGCUGCUCUUCUUUCCUAGCCAUUAUUCUGGAACGGUCAGAGGGGGCUGGGGUUUGACUCAUCUCAGGAAACGUUGCCCCUGGGCCCUGGCAUAAGCCUACACUCCUGACCCCUGUGCUAACUCAAGGGCCCUGCUGAAGCCCACUUGACCUCUAAGGCACCUAGGAGGUACUGUUUUUCCCACCUGUUCUCCCUCCUAGUGGUAUUCCACCUCCCAACAGCCGGGGAAGGCUCUGCAGAGUAACCAGGGACCAGGUACAGACAAUGUCUAUAGCUAAUCAGUGUCUAACUACUUAAGCAAUAAGGUCUUAAUAAAGUGUUGAGGGCGUAGGGUGCUUCCUACAGCCUCUCACAGUUUUGCGUA